UGCUGUUUCCUCUACGCGUUUCUAAUAUUUCAAAGCGUGGAACCGAGCUCGGCGUUUUUUCAGAGUAAUUCUCGCGCUUGUCAUUUGUACAUGUCCUCCGUCGUCUGGUUGUAACCCUGCUGGCUAUUUCUUUCCAUUUUUUCCGUCAUCUUCGUGUUUAUACGUGUUUUUUCGCGUAAACCUUGUUUUCUGUUACUAAGAUAACCGUACUCAGCCGUCACGAAUCUGCUUGACCAAUUUUAGCUCUCUACAACUGCUGUUUGGGCCUGCUGAACACACUUUAAGCUUGUCACAUGUCGUGUUGAAGAACACGGUUAAGCUUCUCCACAUUUCUCUCCUACUAGAUUCUUGCUAGAACUCGCUCCGCGGCCUUCCCGGUGUUCCCGCGGUCUCUCCGGCACCCGUGUAUAACCUACGACUCAUAACAAACUCUCUGUUUGCCUGUGUCCCCCGUAAAACAGGCCAUCUGUGCGUUCAAUUGCUGUGACAAACGUCUUGGUAAUCUGGACGGUCGGUUUUUUCCUCUCUCCGUCGCUUCCAAACGAUACAUUUUUGCGUUUGUGAACGCUAGCAGCUCGGCUUUUAUAUAGUCCGUUGUUUCUGACGUUUCGUUGUCUUUUACAGACCAUCUGCUUGGACUUUGUUUGUGACUGACUCUACAUUUGUUUGUUUAAUUGUUUUUUUUUUCGGUUUUUCUUCUCUUUAACUUUUUCAAGUACUCUACAUCCUCUCCUUCUCUCUUGGUCGGUUUUUGCUUAGACCAAAUCGUUGUUCAUUCAAUUGCGACACUCUCUCCCCGUGUGGCUUGCCCUGUUUCGGAUUCUGUUGUGCGUGCCCUGUGUACCUGCUGAUCGCUUUCCUAUAGACGAAUCUCGUAUUACCGUUUUUCAAUUGCAGUUUCACACGAAUUUGCGAUUGCUCUAGGGCUAAUUUCGAGUUCUCUCUGUCCUUAUUUUGCUUCUUGAACAAGUUGCUGCAGUACCCCCCAAGUGUUCUUCUCUGUUUGAUGUAUUUACGGUCAAAGUUUUCUGUUUACAAAACUAGAAGUACUUUUCUUGCUUUGUAUCGAUAUUGGAAUUGCUCACGUGUACUUCACUUAUCCGCCUGAUUGUACUUUUUUGUGAGCUGAGCCAUUUAUUCAUCAGACUGUUUGUGUACACAAAGGUCCCUUCGUUGCGCUUGCCUGUUGACGUUUUCAUACGUAUCACAUCCGCGUGUUUGUACUACCAUUCUUCUUUGGCUUUCUCUCGUCUCGCUUUUGCCAAUCUUGGUGUGCAGUUCAUUUACGAACUCGCAGACAUACUAUUGUUGCUUGAAUCUCUAUCGAGUGCUCGAGUGAAGCUUACAGCUUUUUUCCACCAGAAAAGUGUACUUCAGUGGUGCUUUUCUUGUUAAUUAUUCUGUUACGAACCUAAACUCCCCACACAGCUUCUACCUUCCCGUCUUCAUGUUUUCACAAUUUUCCCUUCGGUUUCUCAAGGGUCGCUCCGUCAAAUACCUUCCCACAGUCGCAUCGAUUGUUCUGCAGCUGGGGUUGUUAAUUGGCGUGAUUAUGUGGCUCAACUCGUUGCGGUUUUAUAGUCCUUCAAAGUUAAUCGAAACAAAAGACUACAACGAUGUGGUAACGCGACAUCUCAACGGGCUGCACUAUAUGUUUCUUUUGACCGCUGACAGGAUGUUUCGCGGCAUUGACCGUGUUGCGCUUGUGUCCGAGUACUGUUACUGCAGUGGCUCGAACUUUCUUUCCAUUCUCGGGCAGCACGCGUUUCUUAAGCAAAACAACAUUAAGAGCGUAUAUUCUACGUGCAACAUGACAGUUGGUGAUGUGGGUCCAUUGUACAAUUCACUUGCCCCUAUCCAUCCUUUGCGUUCUGCCAUUGUCUUCUCAACUGGCGUUGACGAACCCUACUCAUCUGUUUCAGCAAAUUGGAAUGUAUAUAAUUUUCUGUUUAACGACACCCGUUACAAGAUACGCUCCUUUCCCCUCGGCAUGCACGAGGUUCAUACGCAAGUGAAGACUCGUCUCUUCAAUCGGAUAAAACAUCAUCCAGAUGCUGUCUUUUCGUUAUAUACACAGGAAACGCGUCAGCAGCACGAUUCACUUAUAGGCUUGAUGUCUCCUGUGGAAGUGAUGCCUCAUCCAUCCAUUUUAUUGCUCCCAGAAUUGCGUGAGCUCAAGUUACCGAAACCAAAUCUCGAUGUUGCCAUCGUGUUUGAUAUGCCAUUCCUCGAUCUUCCUGAUUGGAACUAUCUGAGCUUGAGUUACCUAAAGUACGAAUUUCGUAGCUGGGAUAAAAUUCCGGCUCCAGGAAACAUUCAUGAACAAGCUAUCGACUUGUACGAUUACUCUAUUCAAAUGCUCUCGGGUGCUCGUUUUAUUAUCACAAAUCUGUUUCAAGUACAUCUUAUGGCUUGCAUGGCGAAUAUUCGGCACGUUUAUGUUGCUUCGCCGCAGUCGUACGCAUAUUCGUACCAUCAAGCCUGGCUGCAGCCUUUGGAGCAACCUGGCUUCAUGACCACGGUGUCAGAUGUGCGUACAGCUAUCGAAGUUGUAGAGAAUUGGACGACCUCUACAUCAUAUUAACCAAAAAUCGCACAGUCUUAACUCGUAUCGUUCACUACAGUCUCGAUCUCUUGAACCUUUCCAUCUCUCCCUUACCGUUUGUCAACUAAUUUUUUUGUCUUCAUCUUGCUGUCUCGUCUUCCGAUUGACUACUACUGGCAUUUUCAUUUCGCCUUUCCACUGGGAUGUGGCAGGCAUAAUAAAAGACAAUAGUUUUGUCAUUCAAUACGUUCCUACUGUGUCUCUCUGCUUAAGACGAUGCCCUUUAGCCAAGAAGAAACGGGAUUUCACAAUGGAGACGCCAGUCGUUUAUUCUUUCUGCAACUUUUUUGAUCCACGAGAUUAUUGAAUUCUCUUUUCAGGACAACUCUACACUCUUUUUAUUUCCGCUUGUUCUAUUGCUAUUUAAGUUACGUUUCUUUUGCCUUUGCUAAGUACUUAUGACAAGCCCUUUUGGUCCAGAAACUCCAUUAUCACACACAAAUCCACACACACACACGCCCUCUUUAUACACAAAGUCAACGGAUCAAACUAGUUUCAUUCGGUCGUUCGUUCAUUCGUAAGUAAAAUAACAAGUGAGGUAUCACAAGAUGCUGUUCGUAGUUGCGUAAAUGUCCCGAGUCUCGACCCAAG